AUGGACGCCUCGUUUGGUUCCCACACUCGGCGGCACCCGGCAUCGCUCCUCCCCAAGUUCAUGCACGACCCUCGCCUGCUCGAGCUCGUUCGGCAGCCAGUGACGCCCGCCAUGAUCACCUACAUCGCCGAGCGCGCCGUCGACGUCAUCAAGUGCGACGCUGCGCCCGUGACCAGUCGUCCGCCGUCGCCGCCAGCGACGCCGAUCAAGAGCGAGAUCCACCGCCAGCCGCACCCGGACGUCCCGUCGCUCGAGUGCUUCAUCUCGAUCCUGUGCACCAAGUCGAACGUGCAGGUGCCGACCCUCCUGUGCACGCUUGUGUACCUCGACCGCCUGCGCGCUCGCCUGCCCAACGUCGCCCACGGCAUGGAGUCGACCCGCCACCGCGUCUUCCUCGCGACGCUCAUCACGGCCGCCAAGUACCUCAACGACUCGUCGCCGAAGAACAAGCACUGGACCCGUUACGCCGCCGUCUUCCCGCUCGCCGAGGUCAACCUCAUGGAGCGCCAGCUCCUCUUCCUCCUCGACUUCGACCUGCGCAUGGACGAGGACGAGCUCCUCGCACACUUCGAGCCGUUCCUCCCGCGCGAGCCCGUCGCGUCGACGAGCAAGCUGCGCGUCCACGCGCACGUGCACGCACCUCUCGCCUCGUCGGUCCCCCUCUCGCCGCGCUCGAUCGUCGAGUCGCUCCACACCCCUCCUCCUCGGCGCCAGUCUCGGUCGUCGGUCCCGGUCAAGGUCGCGCCGUCGUCGGUCGCCUCGUCGUCGCGUCGCCCGUCGACCGUCUCGCACUACGCCGAGACCGAGAUGUCGCCUGCCGACUCGCACUCGUCGGCGUCGUCCGUCUCGUCGGCGUCGCCGUUGACGCCCAUGGACGAGCUCCCGUCGUACCCGGGCAUCCACAUCAUGUCGGCGUCGUCGUCGGCGUCGCCGCCUCGACGGGGGUCGUACGUCGGCGGGUGCGAGCCGUCGCCGCUGCGCAGCCUGCGCCCUUCCGAGCAGCGCUCGGCCUCGUUCCUGCGUCACGCGUUCCAGACGAGUAAGGCGGCGUUCUCGCUCGGCGGCAUCGAGCGCGGGCGCAAGCCGCCGCCGGCGGUCAUGGCGCACGACGUCGACCUGCCGGCCUGGUGA